AUUCGUGAUGAUGAAAAAGUGGAAAUCAGAAGGAAGAAUGCAUUCGAGUCAGGUUCUCGAUAUCAUCUUAUCCAUACACUCGCACUUCUGGCGGCACCAAGAGCUCGCUACCCAUGGGUCACUACAGCUAUCAUGUUGGGUGGAAUUGUAAUGUUCUGUGGACCCUGCUACCAUUACAGCAUCACAGGGCAGACAACCACUCGAAGAUUCGCCCCAAUCGGUGGUGUGCUUCUCAUUCUUGGUUGGCUUACAUUUAUACUAUAGAU